AUGUUCUCUCCAAACGCCCUUCUGCUAGCGGCGUCGCUUUGCUCGUACGCACUGGCACAGACCAAGAUUGCAUUUACCCAUGUCCCGGCUGCUGUUGUUGGUGGUGGCUCAUACAAUAUCACCUGGGGCGGUGGCGAUGAUACACCGGUCACCAUCACCCUCCGCGAAGGAGACCCAGACGACCUGAAGACUAUCGAGACGUUGGCAGACGGUGUGUCUGGGGAUUUCUUCGUUUGGACAGUGUCGAAAGACCUCAAGGCUGCGGACGACUAUGCUUUGCAGAUCACACAAGGUCAGAACGACAUCAACUACAGUGGCCAAUUCUCUCUUACAAACUCUACCGCAUCCACAACUGAGUCGGCCUCGGGGAAUACAACUGCCAGUAUUACAGCAACCAGUUCCCUCGCUUCGCAAGGAACAGGAUCCGCCCUCCCAAGGAACACCACGUUCAGCUCUGCUACCAUUUCGCGGACGGCCAGCCUGCCGUCUACAACUACUGAGUCGGCAUCGGGUUCUGCAACAUUCGGCGACGUAACCUCAACAUCUUCAUCUGCACCAACGGCCGCCGCUACGACAAGUGCUCCUGAUGCGAAUGCCGCUGGAGUUGCGCAACUCGGAAGCUCAGCUGCUUUGGUCAUGGGCAUCUUCGCAGCAGUCAUGUGCUUAAGUUAG